AAAAAAAAUCCCUUUCUAAUAUUAAGAACAGAGAAAAAUGUCUGACAGUGUUAUAAUGGCUGACGAUCUGACUACUGAGGAAAAAGUAUCAAGUAGAACAAGAUCUAAAUUAUCAAAUAUUCGGGGAAGCUUCUGAUCACAUAAAUGCCUACCUUUCUUACUUGAGCAUGAAAUUUUCUCAUGUAUUUUCUCUUCCAUCUUUUUUUUAUACAAAGUUAACAACAACUGGAAGAUACGAAUAUUCUUCUGUCAUACGUUGGACAAAAAAAACAGCAAUUUUUCAGAAGGAAAUUAUUUUUGUUCCAAUUAUCUUAGAUGAAUCACAUUGGAUCUUGGCUGCAAUAUUUAUGAAAGAUCAAAGAAUUGCUAUCUUGGAUUCAUUAGGGAUAUUAUCAAUUGAGAACUCUAUCACUAUCGGGAGAAACCUCGUUAGGUGGUUGAAUGAUGAAUAUCACAGUAAAUAUAAUGUAUAUGAGGAAGAUGAGUGUAAAAAUUAUAAAAUAAAGGGUGGAGAUCCUGAUACGAAUGAAAUUAAUCAAAGUACCCGUAGUUCUACAAUAAUUGGAAAAGCAGAAUCGAAAAAUCAAAUUAAUUUUGAGUUAGAUAUAAUGUUUCAAAAUGAGCAGCCUCCGCAAAUGGAUGGAAGUUCUUGUGGUGUGUUUGUUUGUAUGUUUGCAAGACUAAUGGCGGAGAAUAUUGAGAGAGAUAAAAUCAAAGAUAUUGCAAAUCUUCAAGAAGCUAAUAAGAGAUUUAAAAAAGUUAUGUGUACUGAGUUAUGGGAAUAUGCAAAAAAAAGUGGGCAAGUAAAUUUUGAGGAAUAUGAGGACAGCUAAUUUAUUAUUCUGAAAUGAACGGAUCUAUGAGACCACAAGAUUUAUUAAUAUUUGUCACGUCCACGAUUGCUAACUAAAUAAUAAUAUAUUUUUUGAUUUAAUUUAUUAUACACUGCUUUUUUUUUUAUACUCGAAUUUGAUAUAAAUUUAGAUCAUUUUUAAGUUUAGAUAAAAAAAAAAAUUUUAUUUCUAUAUGUAAAUACACAC